UUUGGCUUCUUGUAUCAGUCGUCGCCGCACAAAAGGAACUAUCGAUCUUGGAGCUUCGGUGAGUUGCAGUUUUGGGCCUCUGAAAGUUCGUCGGGACAACGGGUAGCGAGGGUCAACAGAUCGACUUAAAUUUAUAGCUAUAAUUGUAGAAUAUGAAGAAGGUAUUUCCAUAUUUCUGUAACAAAUAACGAUCGAGAUAUUAGACUGACUAUCUCUGAACAUACGUAAGGCGUCUGUUGGUGAUUCAAGUGCCCGGUACCCGUUGAUGAAUUCUUGAGAAUGAUGUUCUGAUGAUGUGAAUACAAGGAACUGUCACCUGUGCUGACGACCAUUUCAUUUUUGAGCGAUGGGAGUUUGUGGCCUACCUAACUCCAAACUGUUACCCCUGUUUUGUAUCUUGUGCCUCAUCGUCUGCAUCCUCAAAUGGACCGAUAUCAAAGCCCCGACCAUCUUCAAGCCCACGCAAAUCAGCGGCCAGCAGCACCGAGUAAAUGUGAGCCACUCGCAGGCCGGGACGUCACUCGAUGGUGGGCCAACUCAGCAGCAGACCGAGUUCAGGAAGAACGGAGGAGAGAGCCAAAAUGCACUACAAAAAGAGCAAGACAACGGCGAAAUAAGUGCACCAGACGAGUUUAUGGAGCAACAGGCUGUCGUUCAGUCAGAACGCCGAAGACAUCUCAGAGAAGUCUGCAGUAACCAUCCAGAGCUCUCCCAAGGAAGUAUCAACGCCAUCACUCUGAGACACAUGUUUGUGGACGACAAGUAUAAGAUCCUCUUCUGCUCAGUCCCAAAGACUGCAUGCAGUAACUGGAAGCGGGUUCUCAUGGUUCUGGGAGGGGUUCGCAACCAGACGGCAGGCAUCACACUAACGGAAGCCCACAUGGAGAACAAGAUGAAAAGGCUCAUCCAGCUCAGCCCGGCCGCGCGGAAGUACAAACUGCAGACUUACACCAAGUUCAUGUACGCCCGUCAACCGUUCCGCCGCAUCCUAUCUGCCUAUCUGGAUAAAUUUGGGGGAAAAGCGGUGUAUCGACAGGAACAGCACUUUCAGGACAUCGCUAAGGGUAUCAUGAAGCGGUACCGCAAGAACGCCACGACAAGAGACCUUCAAACCGGUGAGAACAUCACGUGGUAUGAGUGGAUGGCCUAUCUGACCAACCAAACAGAGAGGGUGGGCUUCGAUUCCCACUGGCUGGAGAUUCACAAGGUGUGCUCGCCGUGUCAGGUCAACUACGAUUACUUGGGGAAGCUCGAAACUGUUGAUGACGAUGCUAGAUACAUGCUGACGUCACUAGAGGUACAGGACAAAGCUAACUUCCCAACUGGCGAUGAGCACCAGACUAACAGCUCCCAAGUCUAUAAUGCGUACUUUGGUCAGGUAACCAAAACCUCGCUGCAAAGGCUUUGGGAACUAUACAAGUUAGAUUUUGAGCUUUUUGGAUACGACAAGCCGGACUUUUUGUGAUGAUGCUUAUUGCAUGAAAUUUACUGCCAUGCAACUUUUGUGCAUGGUACACGAGUGAUUAUUUUUCUUUAUUACGAGACAUGUUUUUUUACGUAUUGAAAAUGCAUCUCAUCUGCUUUUUAAAGCAGUCCAUUAAUAUACCAUUCAUGUCUUGUAUGCAAAUACUCAUAAUGAUUGUUAUUUUUAAGGGUUAUGGUAUUUCAGUCUUUAAUGCCAAGUUUCAGUUAGUCCGAGAAUCAGACGCUCACGUGUGCAGAGCCACACUACGAACGUCUGAUAUAUUUGAACAUGCAAAUGUUAUGCAACCACGCACGCCAGCCAAUCGGAGUCGACUUUAAAAAUUGUGACGUCAUUUCGAGCAGAAAUUCGGCCUAAGCUGUUGAUUGGUCAAUUGGUUGCCAUGUUUUUGUCAUACAACAACGGGUUACCGAAGACCGUGAGGUUGCUAUCGUAAGCUUACGAUGUAGUAAUCGUCAGGAAAUUGUGGUGUUACAGAAGAGGAUGAGCUAGAAGUACGCGAACAACUAUGUGUAACUAUUCCUGUAACAUGUACACACUGACACACACUGAAUAAACAAGACAAUCUGUUACAGUA